AUGCGUGGGCGGCGGAAUAUUCGGGUAGCCGCUACGAGCAUUUCGCCUGUCGCGGUUUCUCCGCCCAAACUGAGCGGUGCGGCGAAAUCAGCUGAGGCCAGUCUGGUCUUUUCAGCGCACAGCCUGAUCAUUCCAGGUGCACCAAACCGAGAUGCUGCAGAGACUAAUACCGAAGACGAGGCCAUUUUCGAGGAUUUCUUUCGUGCAACGCAGCGCCACUAUUAUGUCUCUGCGGAGGAGAGUAUUCGCAGUCACCUUCUCGCCGGCGAGGAGGUGGCUUUCACAAACCUGAUUAUCGAGGCGCUGCAGGCACGCGCCGAACUCCUUGCUGGAGACGAGGCAGCAGAGCUUGUGAUCAGGGCCGCACGAGAGCGCGCAGAGCAGCGGCGAGUCAUGAUGGAGGAGAUUGAGAAAGAAGUGGCCUUGCGGAUGCACGACCAGCGCACUGCAGAACUCCUGGCCAUCGAGUUCGAGGCGCUGCUACCGGCCCACGCUGCCGGCUGCGAGCGCAUCCGAUGUGAGGAGACCACCGACCUCAGUGAGCUUUUUCGCUGGGAGAAGGAGUACCGCCCUCUGGGGGCCGGGUGCUUCAUCAAAGCCCCCGAGGUGGAUCGUCGCCUCACGUCUGCCAGACGUCGUACCAGUAAACCGCCAUUUCCAGGGAGCAGAUUGCCACUGGUGAGGGGCUCUGGUCGUGCCUUGUCGGUGCGCAGCUCCCGGGAGUAUUUGGCCCAGUUGCGACAAAAGAGCGCGUCAAGCCGCUUUUCUGGUGCUGCGCUCUGCCCGCUGGCGACCACCACGACUGGGGCCGCGGCGACACCGGGGCCUCUGCUGGAUGGGACGCUGCUGGCGACUGAUGAAGCCCUCUUUGAGGAGGAAGGGCGGGCGCGCCUUCAGGCAGAGAGGAACCGGCGCCACGCAGAGCUUUGCGAGCAGCGCCAAGUGAAGGACCUUCAGAAGACCGCGGCAGAUGCGCGCGAGUGCGUGCUCGCCGAGGAAUCAACGUGCUGGAUGCAAAUCACGCGCCUUAUAGUGGACGGCAUCUAUGCAGCGCAGGAAGCGACGCGGAGCCGGGAAAAGCGUGAGGCUGUCGAGGGCGCCGCCGCGGCGCAGCGUGCAACGCAGAAGCAAGCAGUCAAGGAACGUCUGUUGCGUCAGCGAGGACUCUCGGUGCCUAAGUCCAACGAGGGCGAGGGCGAUGUCGCAAGCGUUGAACGACAGGUUACGAGAGAGAGCACCGAGGAGGGAGCUCAUCUUCCAAAGCAACAGGCAGCUGCACCCGAUUCAGCUGCACUUGCACAACCUAGGCGGGGCAGUUCCACUUCCACUGUACCGGAUGUCUUCUCUCCGACGAGCGCCUCGCUUGUGAACCACUCGAGCGGCGCGCUGCCAGAGAGUGAAAACACACCGGGAGAGGCAUAUGUUGUCGUAGGUCAUGAUCUUGCGCAUCUGCGUCUGAUUGCAGGCGAGAUUACCGACCAGAAUGCGUGCAAGGAGCUCACCGCGCUAACAAAACGUGAGACUGAGACAGAACUCGGGGGUGAAGUGGAGGGAGAGGUAGAUCUCUGUGGAGGGCGCUGA